UCGGUGGGGUUCCGAACCCCUUCCAAUUCCUAAAGAGGGGUUCGAUUGCAGCGCCCCUGUAGGAAAACAAUAAACACUACUGCAUUGAAUUGAAAAUGGCGAUUUUGUCCAGGUUGUGUGCAUUUCGUUUUCGAUUAUUACCGAGAGUGUUUCCCGACAACACACCGUAGUGUCUACGUAAAGUGAAAAUUUGUGAAAAAUCGUGCAACAUAUGCAAAAAUGAGCGAGCUACAUCCAAAUUUGGUGGAAAAUGAUUUAGAAGCAAAAAGUGGUAAGCUUUUUCAAGAUGACGUCGAUCCUCCGAAUGAACAGAGCACUGCGUGCGCAUCCGAUUCGACGACGAAAACAAUCGAAGGUGAACUUCCGGCGAAAAAACGGAAAACGCGACGCGGGAAAACCAAACGAAGACAUCCAUAUUUAAAAAAUCCAAGAAAAUCUAACAAAUUAGUUAAACCCGAGGCUCCGCAUAACAGCAAUCAGUUUUUACUCGAAGAUCAUGCUAUAGUGGACGAUUUGGUUAAAAAUUUGAUGUCUCCAAAUACGUUAAGAACAAGGGAUUCUAGUUUUAGUGUUGAUUCAGAGGGAGAUUUUUAUUCCUCACCAGAUGAUGAACAGCAGUUUUUAAUUAAAGAUUUUGAUGACCAGUACGAAAGUUUACAAGCCGAAAGACUUCAAGGCAUGUCAAAAUCUGACCUAAUAGCCGAGUAUCUUGCACUUGAAAACAAGCUGGAACAAUUAACAAAAAGUCAGCAGAAAGAAGAAGACGAUUCAGAAGAUUCCAAACCUGAUCUUAAGCAAGAAAUAGAAAGACUCACCAUGGAGAACGAACGUUUAAGGCGGGAGAAUGAUCUCCUACGAAAUAAAGUGAACAUAGAGUCUGAUUCGGAGGACUCAGAAACUGAUUCUAGUGAUUCUUGUAGCAGUUCUUCGACAUCCAGCAGCAACAGCUCCAGGAGUUCCAGCAGGUCUCGAAGCCCCAUCACCAAUAUUGACUAUAAGAAAACAAACGGCUUUACAAAGGAAGAGCCAGUGCCGUAGGUUACAAAACAAUUCCCAGUGUUAAUUUUGCUCAUAUUAAGACUUUAUCUCUACGUUCAGCUCUUCCACAUAUGUUUUUAUUAAAUGUUUUAUCUAAAAUAUUAAUAUAAAUGAUUGUUUUCUAAAAAAAAUGAAUGUCCAUAAUUUCAAAAAUCAAUUUUUAUUAUUCACUGCCAAAUUUUAAAACUAAAAUCGUUAUACCUUGAAAAUGGGCCUAGUAAAUAAUGUGAAAAUCAGGAUAUGAAAAGUAAAACAUACAUUUACAUCACAAGUUCAACAUAGUUUUCACCCCUCUCUACGAUUGUGACUUGGUCCAUUACCUGAUUAAAAGAAACCUAUUGAAAUUUUUUAAUUACCACAGUUAUGAAGGCGAAGAUCUGAACAUAUAAGAUUUAACACAGCGUUAUAUGCCAUGCUUUCAAUGAAACGCAUAGGUACAUAUUUUAUAUUUCGGCAACAAUGCUACUUUAUUUCGUUAGUAGAGGCUGGGACAAGGUCAUACUGAGUUCACCCAUUGAGACGAAACGGUUUUCAUUAGACUCAAUUUUGCAGUUCAGUUCAGAACAAUAAAAAUGGUAUUAUCUGUAAUAUUAAAAAAAAUCAUUUAUCAUCAAAAAAUAUUCUGGUUGCUUUGCGUUUUAUUUUGAAAGUUAAUCUGGUGCUAAUUAUACAAAAUCAUUCAAACCUAAAAAGUAGUGUACCUAAAGAUUUUUUAGAACGAAAGGUGCAAUUUAUGACACUGUUGAAAUGAAUGAACCACAUUCCAGUAGUCAAAUAGUUGGGAAAGCGUUACUUGAAGUCCCCUCUCCUUGAUUUGCUACCUGAAUGACCUUAGUGGAUUCAGAUAUUUCUACACAAUAGGGAACUUGCACAUUUUUUUUAGUACAUAAUAAUGUUCAGUUUUGUUUAAAAAUGAGAUUUCCAAAAUUUCACGCUUUAAAAACUCAUAAUAACUUAGAAAUACAAAUUUAAAGUCUUCUGCGAUAUUGAAAUGGUUCAAACGACCCGUGACGUCACAUAGUUUAACUAUAUGGUUAUAUUUAGGUAUAUUCUUCUUCCCCUUCUUUAGUUUAUUGGCCUCCACCUACUUGGGUAUUUGGCCAGCUCAUUGUUGUGGAAUAAGGGAAAAAUAUUUAUAUUAUUUAUAAUCGUAUGUCAUUGCAUGUCAUUUAUCGUAUGUCAUUGUAAUAAUAUAUACCAGUUUGUUGAGAUCGAAGUUUGAUACAGUUUGUGAAGGAAAGGAAAGAAGGUUUACUAUGGAAAAUAAAACCAUUUUGUAAAAUUACAAGUUUUCUAUGAAUAGUUCAAACGAUCAAAACACUUGUGACGUCACAUAACUAACUCUAUUUUCUACUGACGUUUAUAAUGUCUAGUUUAAAAUUAUAUACAAUUUUGUUUACUUUGUUGGUGCAAAAUGUAAACAUAUAAUCAUAUGACGUCACGACGCGUUUUUUGCUAGCUGCUUUAAUUUUAAUUCAGAAUCGUCUUUAGGGGCCAAACGGAACACAAAAACAACUUUUUUAUCUUUGAUACAUGUUUUAAAUUAUGUUUUAUUGUGAUUUAUAACACUUUUUUCGAAUUUAAAAUUUUAUGCAAGUUCCCUAUUCGCGAUGAAAAACGAAGUAUCUGACCUCUGGUGGAAUAAAUUUAAACUACUAUAAGUGGUAUAAACAAACCAAAAAAUUGUUGAUUUGAAUGUAAUUUGGUCACUAUUUAGAAAUUUUUAGUAAUUUUCAGCAUUCUGACUACAUUAAAAUAUUUUAAAUCAAAUCGGUAUUGUUGUAUUCCUCGAUGAACGUUUGUUUAUACCAUUUAUAUCGGCCAUUUUCCUGCAUUCGACCUGCUCUCUACAUUCCGUUUCAAUCGCGAAUUGUACCUCAACUAAAUGACUUGGUGACCACCUUCUUCUGCCGAAUUAAGCCCAAUUGCUUUUUUCACGUCAAGUACAAAAUGUAUGGUGAUCUUCAAGAAAGAGCCCAAAAUUUAGAAGAACUUAGAGUAAAAAUUACUGAAGUUUUGAGAUCGAUACCGCCAGUUUUAGAAAUUCUCUUUACUUAUAUCGUAUUGAAAGAUCUUAUUUUAGCUGUAACAGCGAUCAAAAAUUGAUAAAGAAUGAAAUAUUUAGUAAAUUGAAUCAAUCUAAUAGCGUGAUACAUUAUCCUACUAGCGAUAAAUUAACAAUAAAGUUUUUCCUUGAUUUUUGAUAUUCAUAACAUGACAGCAGUGACCCUAUUUAUCAAAAUAACAAGUAGGAGUGGCUAUACUAUGCAGCGUUGCCAAAUGUUUAUCUUAUGUGUUCAUUUCUUGGACUUCCAACUUCGUACAUCAGGCCCAGGACUUACUGAGUGCUAUUUGACACACACAAUUAUUGUCGUGUGUUGGGAGUUAUUCUUCCACAUUGACAAUUUCUCGUGAAUGAGCAUAUUUUUUAUGUAGCUGUGUAUAAGUCAAAUAUGAUGUACUUUUUAAAUUCAGAAAAAGACUGUUAUUUUUAUUUGUACUUAAUUUUUAACUCGAAAAACUUAUCCAUUACUAUGUAUAUUAGAAGAUGCCACACUGGCGUGAUAUCAGUCACAUGCCACACUGAUGUGACAUCAGGCAGAUGCCACAUUGGUGUGACAUCAGGCAGAUGCCACAUUGGUGUGACAUCAGGCAGAUGCCACACCGGUGCGACAUCAGACAGAUGCCACACAGGUGUGACAUCUUGUGGUUUUUCUCCUUCAGGCACAAUACUUUUGCUAUUUCUACACCAGCCUUCAUUUUAAACUAAAAAUAUUUCACGUUAGUUAUUUUUUUCCUAUUUUCUAUGCAUUUUGUUACAAUAUAUUGCAGAUAAAGUACAAAAUAAUUUAAAAUGAACUGUUUUGGAAGUAUCAAAGGCAAUAUGGUUUGUUUAAUGUUAUAAAUCACUGCUAAGUGACGUAAUAGAAUAGUUAUCUUUAGCUGUUAGUGAAUGUUUUAAAUUUUUGGUAUAAUUGAUAUUUAGAUGAGAUUUCCAAAAAUGAAAUAUUGUUACGUUUUUUAUAAUUUUUAAUUUUUGUACAUAUUGAAUAUAAAAAUACUUGAUUUCUCUAUAUUAAUUAAUAAAGUUUUAGUAUAAUGAAUAA